CAACACUGGGCUUGUCUCUGCAGCUCUGGAGACGGCAGUUGAGACUGCAGACGCCAGUCUGGGCUCCUCGAAGACAUCAGGUUCUUUGGGGCUGCAGCCUCCCUGGGCGGCACUGUGGGGAGCUACUCGGCCGAAGGACUCGGGGUGCUGAGCGGCGGCAGCUGAGCCGAGAACCACCUCUGUGCAGAAAAAAAAAAGAAAAGAAACCACUUUACUUUCCAUUCUGCCGUCCGAGACAACCACAUCCUCCUCUCAUCGCCCAGGCUCCCAUGGAGAGCUCAGAUGUGGAGCAGGACCUCCAGCGGAGCGUGCAGGCCGUGCUCCGGGAGCUCCGCGCCCAGGCCCCGGCCCUGAAGAGCAACCGAGGCAUGUGGAGAUGGUCCCUGCACAAGAAGGUCGAGCGAGACCCCAGGAAGAGUCCGGUGCUGGUCCACAUUCUGCUCAGAGAACUGGAAAAGGCGGAGAGCGAGGACGGCCGGCACGUCAUCAUUCCCUUGCUGCACACUCUAAUGUACGUGCUCACCAAGGCCACAGGCAUCACGGAGGAGCUCUACCAGAGGACCUAUGCCUUUUGCAUGCGGUUGCUGACCCUGCCCGCCCCCUACUGCACGGUCGCCCUGGACUGCGCCAUAAAGCUGAAAACAGAGACAGCUGUCCCAGGGACGCUGUACCAAAGGCUGGUCAUCGCCGAGCAGAACUUGAAGAGCGAGCUGUAUCCCUAUCAGGAGAGGGUGUUCCUCUUUGUGGACCCGGAGCUGGUGCCUCCCUCCGUGUGCAGUGCCCUGCUGCUGGAGAUCCAGGCGGCCCAGGGACAGCAGACGCCCGAGGCCUGCAUGCGCCACGUGGUCUCGCACGCCCUGCAGGCAGCUCUGGGGGCGGCCUGCAGGGCCGAUGCUCUGCAAAGGAAGCUGCAGGCCAGCCCCCGCCGCGCCCUGGAGCGCUAUUUCCACGCGGUGGUGGCAGCCGUGGAGCAGAUGGCUAGCGAGCCCAGCCCCAGCCGGGAGGGACACCUGGAGAGGCUGGAAGAGGUUUACUGCUCGCUGCUGGGGCCGACGGCGGCCGCCAGGGGGCGCUGCGGCGGUGACGCCCUCCCAGACCGGCCACCAAGCAUCCCCCUGCCGAGCCCAUACAUCACAUUCCACCUGUGGACCGACGAAGAGCAGCUCUGGAAGGAACUGGUGCUCUUCUUGCGCCCGAGAUCCCAAAUGCGCCUCAGCGCUGACUUGGAGGCUUUGGAUCUGCAGGGCCUCCUGCCAGACCAGGAGCUGGCCCGUGCGUCCAUGCUGUCCACCGACAGCGGCAUCGAGCGGGACCUUCCUUCGGGGACCGAGGAACUGCUCACCCCCAGCAGCCCGGAGAUGGAGCGCGCAGGGCUGCAGCGCAAAGGGGGCAUGAAGAAGCGGGUGUGGCCCCUGGACAUCUUGAUGCCCAGCAACUGGGAUGGGCCCCCGGGGCUUCACCGGAGGACGGGCAGACCCAUGGGGGAUGGAGAACUGCUACCCGGUGUCUCCCGGCUGCACACUGCCCGGGUGCUGGUGCUCGGGGAUGACCGGAUGCUGGGGCGCCUGGCCCAGGCAUACCACAGCCUCAGGAAACGAGAGACCCAGACGUUCUGCCUCACUCCCAGACUCAGCCUGCAGCUCUACUACAUCCCUGUGCUGACACCUGAGGUGGAGAAGCCCGCAUCACCCAGGCACGUGGAGCUCGGAGAGCUGGCCGCGUUCCUGGGCCGCGCUGACCCAUGGUACGAGAGCACCGUCAACACCCUGUGCCCGGCCAUCCAGAAGCUGGCGGAGAUGCCUCCCUCCCUGGACACAUCCCAGACCGUAGACCCCUUCAUCCUGGAUGUCAUCACCUACUAUGUCCGCAUGGGCACCCAACCCAUCUAUUUCCAGAUGUACACAGUCAAGAUCUUCUUUAGUGACCUGAGCCAAGACUCUGCGGAGGACAUUUUCCUCACUGAGCUGAAGGUGAAGAUCCAAGACUCCAAACUCCCCAAAGAUGGUUUCUCACCCAGGAGGAAAGGCACGGCUGAGGGCCCAGGGGCUGAGCUCUCCCUGUGCUACCAGAAGGCCCUGCUCAGCCACCGGACCCGAGAGGUUACCAUUUCCCUGAGGGCCACUGGGCUGGUCCUGAAGGCCCUUCCAGCCAGUGACACCGAAGACCACACGUGCCUGAAUGUUAACGUGACGGAGGUUGUCAAGUCGUCCAACUUGGCAGGAAGGUCCUUCUCUACCGUGACAAACUCCUUCCGGACGGCCAGCAUCCAGAUCCAGAGCCAGGACCAGAGGCUGCUGACACUGUGGCUGGACAAGGACAAUCGGCGCACUUUCAGGGAUGUGGUCAGAUUUGAGGUUGCUCCCUGCCCAGAGCCAUGUUCCGGCACCCAGAAGUCCAAGGCACUGUGGCUCGGUUCACACCAGCAGAAAGAGACGGAAAGAACCAAAGCCAAGCCCAAGCCCCUUCUAAUGCCCAUCAACACAUUCUCCGGCAUCGUCCAGUGACCCUGAAGGGGCAGUGGGGUUGCUGAUUCUGAGAGCUUCGGGCCCAAGAGGAAGAAUACACUAGCUCACCAGUCCAAAUACUCACACCAAUGGCCGGAGCAAGACCAGGCUGCCCUGGACAGCUUCUGGCCCCGACUAGGAGCCAGUGAGGGCCCGGAGCACAAGGAGGCUGGCCAUGGGGGUGAUGGAGCAGGACCCACACGAGGUCACCCGAUGAUGGCCCGGGCAAAGCUGCACACACACAAAGCCCAGCUCCUCGCACGAAUGUCCGCUCCUUCGUUGAUUUUCGAUUCCCACCUCUCCCACUCAAGCUCCCCACCCGGCCCUUAAGACAGAGUGAGAGCUGCUGUUUUGCCAGGGCCCUGUGUCCCGGGGGGGGACUGGGAAGUAGACAAAGGCAGCUACACUUUCUCCGCCUCCAGUCUGCUCCCUUCCCUCAC